GGGUCACAGAGCGCGUGAAGGAGAGACCAAGAGAAGCAGGCAGAUCGACCCGCCGACAGUCCACUCACUCACUGAUGCCCUGAGACGCGGCGGCUGCGUCUCUCCAAACUACGCGCAUUAACUCAACUCCUAAACUCGCAGCAUCCGGAGGAGGACGACCGAAAAGAAGAAAAAAAAAAAAAAAACAACAACGCGAACGAGCCCGAAGCCGCACGCUUUUCUCCUGCGCGACCGGGAGAAAGUGCCGCGUCCUUGAAAUCCGAAGUUGAAAGAGAGGGAGAGUUGGGAGAGUUUGCUUGACGGCGAAAUAAUUCCUGCUUCGCGCACUCCAUCACGGACCAUUAACCGGAGGCAAUGGACCUCCACCGCCCCUUCAAGAUGGACAGCCCCUCCUACCUGCCAGCUCCCCUGGCCUCCCCCGCUCUGAUGGUCCUCGCCUCCACCGCCGAGGCCGGCCGAGACGCCUCCGUCCCCUGCCAGGCGCCCAGGCCCUUCGGGGUCCCUGCCUCCGUGGAGAAGGAACUCCACCUCCCCUUCCCCUCCGCCUCCUACACCUUCACGUCCAUGUAUCAGCGUCAGGGCCCCAUGUCCGGCACCUUUCCCUCCCGCGACUUCCCAGCUUCCCUGCUCCACCUGCAUCCCCAGUUCACCCCACCCAACCUGGACUGCUCCACCCUGGGCAUGCUCAACCACAGCGGGGUGGGCGCCUUCCGGCCGUUCUCCUCCCCGCAGGAGGAGAGGGAGUCGGGGGGGUACCAGUCGGCCUUCACCCCUGCCAAGAGGCUGAAAAGUUGCUUCCCGGAGGUGGAGGGGAAGGAGUUCGACUUUGGCUCCAUGGGAGGCGUCCUCAAGGCCGGGGAGGACUCGGGGAGGAAGCUGUUCUCCAUGUCCGGGUUGCUGUCCGACGGAGACGCUUCGUUGAGCCCCGAGGAGCGGAAGGAGCACAGUAAGGUGAAGGGUGUCUACGAUGCUCAGGCCCCCAUGUGUCCAGUCUGCCAGACCGUCCUGAGGCCCGGGGAGCUGCAGGAACACAUGGAGCAGGAAUUAGCCAAAGUCGCCCAUCUUCAGAUCAGUGGCCCUGCUGCGCAGAAUGACCACCUUCUUCGGACCCCGAAGUCGCUGUCCCUCUCGCUGCACAUAAAGCACGAAGGAGGUUCUCCCAGCUCACCGCCCCGACCGUCUGAGGACACCCACUCUGACCGGUACCAGACGUUCCUCCGCGUGCGCGCCAACAGGCACACGAGGCUCAACGUCGAUGACCUCUGCUGGUGCAGGUGCUACGUCAAAUCUGCCCCAUUACGUCCCCACAGCGCAGGAGCCCACCUAGACUGCACACAAGCUGUUAGGAUUGGAAAACUGAAGAGGAGGAAACCGGAGGACGGGCAGGAGGGCUCAGUGGACCUGGUGCCCCUGGAAGACGAGUGGAAUGAGAGGAGAAGGAUACAGAUGACGUCCAUAGUGGGAGGCUUUAAAGGUGCGGUGCUGGUGAGCGCGGCGGCCAAGGAGUGUCGAGACAGCGACGCCGACCUGGACGUGGACGGAGACGACACCCUGGAGUACGGCAGAGCCCAAUACACUGAGACAGAUGUUAUUCCCUGCACAGGAGAAAGCUCCAAGGAAACAUUAGUGAACAGCAGCAUAAUGCCAGACUCCAGAGUAAACCUGGACUUUUCCAAAUGGUCAAAUGACGGGAGUCCGUCCACCAGCAGUGGAGAGAAGGUGGACAGCAGCAUCGUUGGUCUCUCCAAAACCUGCAAGAACACAGAGAUAGAGACGCCCUCCGAGGACUCCACGCUGACAACUCUGGACACACUUAAAGCUCGGAUACGGGACUUGGAGAGACAGUUGUCUAAAGGCGACCGCUUUAAAUGCCUCAUCUGCAUGGACACGUACACGACCCCGCUCACCUCUAUUCAGUGCUGGCAUGUUCACUGUGAGGAGUGUUGGCUUCGAACACUGGGAGCAAAGAAGUUGUGUCCUCAGUGCAACACCAUCACCUCACCUGGAGACCUGAGGCGGGUUUACCUGUGACUCCGCCCACAGGGCACCAGGACAUUGGCUUCUUCUGCUGCAGCCAGUCAGGGUUGGAUUUGUGGGCAGCUGGCCUGUCAUAAAUUCCCACCCUCCUCCUCCUCACCUUCCUUUGUGUAUUCUUCCCAUCCACUAACAUUUGACAGUUUGAAGAAUCGCAGGUGUGACUUUCCUCUACAGCCUUGUACAAUGUCCAUGUUCCUGAGGCGCCAUCAGCCAAACGUGCAGAAAUGUUUAAAACCAGAGCUCAGGCACUAAAACGCAUUUUGGGACAAUAUUUAUGGAUUUUCUAAGCUUUUGGUCUAUUUUAUGAGGAGAAGAAAAAUAGCUGAAUUAAAGCACAUGUACAUAGUGUGUGUGUUUGGAUUGAUGUGUUUAUAAGAUGUUGACUAGCAGAACAGUGUGACUGUAUUUACUGUACAGAGCUUUUUCUGAUCAGCUAAGUUCUUGUUUGUUUAGCUCAUUUGUAGGUUGGAGACAGUCUCAGUAAUCCCAUCGCAUUUAGACUCAUUUCAUCUUUGUCACUGCUGUGUUUCUUUGUAUAGGGUCAUUCAAUCUAAUUUUAUCAAUGUUACUACAAUAAAACGUGAGUCUAAAAUGUG